UCCCGCCGCGGCGCGCUCCUCUCCGCCGUCGCCGUCUCCUCCGCGAUCGCGACGUUCUUCUCGUCCCCGCCCGACGCCUACGCGCUCGGGGAUGUCGGCAGCGCCGCGCCGAAGUUCACGCUCCCGGCGACCGGCGGCGGGACCGUCGCGCUCGAAGACGUCCUCAAGGCGAACAAGUACACCGUGCUGUAUUUUUACAACCAGGACUUCUCGCAAGGGUGCAGCAUCGAGGCGGAGCGAUUCAACCAGGCGCUCCCGGAUUUCGCCAAGAAAGGCGCCGAGGUUGUCGGCGUGUCCAUGGACAACAUGGAGAAGCACGAGGAGUUCUGCACCGCGAAAGGGUUAGGGUUUAAGCUUCUCAGCGACGGCGACGGAUCCGUGUCCGCGUCCUACGGCGCGGAUCUCAAGAUUCCGAUCCUCGGCAAGUUCUCCGACCGACAGACGUUCCUCAUCGACGCGUCCGGGACGAUCAAAGGGCACUGGCUCGAGAGAGACGGGAGCAUGGGGAACGUGAAGACGCCGGCGCACACGCAGCAGAUUCUCGAAGCGAUCGACAAGCUUUAA